AUGCGGGUAUACCAGUUUAAAGCGUGCAGAUCAUUAGGUCAAUAUCAUUACAAAGGACAUGUAAUAAAUGUUGAACAAGAUAUAACUGAUAUCGCUACAUCGCUGCCAAUCGCCCCUUCACACCUUGGGAUUGUGAUUGUACGCCGCGCAGGAGUAACUGGUUAUUCCGAUUUCCGUGUGAGGAAGCAAAAGGUCCUACAAGCACUUCAUUGGCUACAAACACAUAAUCAAUAUUAUGCUGAUGUUCAUAUAGAUAUGGACGUUAUUGAGUCUUUGCCAUUGGAUGACAGUGUCGCUGAUGAAUUAAGAUAUAUUGACGAAGGUGGUUUAUCUAAUGAAUCAUUUGACAAAGAUCAUAUUGAAGAAACAGCAGUUCCACUAAUUCCGAGACAAAGUCAAGAAUCCGCUAUAAUAAACCAAAUAAAAUGGCCAAGAGCUUCACCUAUUCCCAUCAAUGAAUUUACACACUCCGGUUAUAUUCCACAAGCAUUCCCCCAUUUGUUCCCAAACGGUGCUGCAGAUUUCCUUGACCUAACUAGGAACAUCAAGGUUUCAUUUCGAGAGUGGUGUGAGUUUCUUAUGAGAUAUGAAGACAAACGAUUUUCUCAAGAUCCUCGAUUCCGAUUUUUCUGCUUGAAUACAAUGCAAAGACACGAUGCCUGUCGACAGAGUGCUAUAUUCGCUAAAAAAAAUGACUUUUGUGGUAAUAUAGCACAGUUAGAAGUGGAAGUAGCUAGAAACCCGUCAAUAAUAAAACGUUUGCUGACAUGGGGUUCCAAAAUCCGUGGCACUUCAUCAUUUUGGUACCAACGACGUUUAGAGCUUCAGUCAAUGGUUAAUCAGCUGGGCAUACCAACAUUGUUUCUUACGUUAAGUGCAGCAGACCUUUGGUGGAGUUGUCUGGCGAGGCAUUUUGGUAUAUCUGUUGAAGAAUUAAAUUUACUUACCGAGAAGCAAGCAAGCCAAGUUAUGCAAGAAAAACUUAGUGAAAACCCACUUAUUGCAGACGAGUACUUUUCAAAGCGUGUUUGCAUUUUUAUGGACAUAUUGAAGGAAAAGUUAAAGAUAACAGAUUUUUGGUGGCGUUUUGAAUACCAACACCGCGGUAGUCCUCACGUUCAUGCUGUUCUUUGGCUUGAAAAUGAGCCUGAUGUCCGUACAUUCGAUACUGCAUCAAUUGAUGAUUUAGCAGUUCAUAAGGCGUAUUAUGACACUAUCGUGUCAGCUUACAACCCUGGAAUAGACGCACCAAGAGCUGAAAAGCAUCCUUCAAGUGUUUGGGCAACUGAUAUAGUUCUGGGAGAUCCAAUACAUUUUGCACAACUAUUGAACAGAGUGCAGCGACACACUCAACACAGUGUUUACUGUCUAAAAGAUCCCUCACAUCCACAAGAAUGUCGCUUUAAAUUUCCAAAACCAAAAUUGUUGGACUCUACAUUGUCAAGAGACGAACAAGGAGUUUGGCAAUAUAAAUCAAAGCGUAAUGAUGAACUCUUGAAUGACCACAACCCCUUUGUGUCCCAACUGUGGCGAGCAAACACUGAUUGCAAGAUCAUAGCAUCUGAACACGCUAUUGUAAACUAUAUAUCGAAAUAUGCGACAAAAGGAGAACCCCAGUCACAAGAUUUUCAAACACUUUUCAAAGAAAUCAUGACUAGCUGUACACCCAAUGAUCACGCAAAAAAGGCAUUCACCAAAAUGUUAACUAAAGUGAUAGGUCAACGAGAUAUUUCAGCAUGCGAAGUCAUGCAUCUCCUCACGGGCGAUCCUCUGUACCAUUCCAGUAGGCAGUUUGUAAAGCUAUACAUUUCUACUGAUGACUAUGUUGCUGUGGCAAAUACAAGUACAGAUACAGAUGAGUUUAUACAAACUUCUAUCAUGGAUCACUAUGCUAUGAGAUCAGCAACACUUGAGCCAAUGACGUUAUGCGAGUUUGCCACAAAGCACAAGAUUGUUCGUGGUAGGCUUAUCAACCACAGAAAAUCACGUGUCCUUCAGCUCCGUCCGGUAGUAUAA